UACCUGGCAAGACUUAUCGAUCAUAAACAUUUUCAGGACUGUAAUAAAAUUAAUAUUGUUUGUGUAGUACCAAUGAGAAGUACGUAGAUAGGGAUAUUUAUCGAGUUUACAACUCUGUUUUCUACACUUCAUAAUCGAUUUACUUAAGAAAUUAUUUCUGUGCUGAAUAAGUACUAAUAAUAUUCUAUGAACUCAAAGGAUAAGAUAUACGGAACAGGCGACGGUGAAGCCUCAAGAGUGCUGCUGUGUCAUUCUUAGUUUGAACCAUACAUUAAAGUGGACAUGUUCAACUCCAUACAGUACAUACUUUUCGUAAAUCCUUGAAGUGCUUCUUCGACUGCUGUGACUACAUCACCAGAGCUGUCUCCUUCACCAAAUAGUGGUUUACCAGUAGAAACUGAUACGAUGAAAAGGGCAGCUGCCAAGAAAUUAAUUGAGCGGUACUUCUACCAGCUGAUCGAUGGUUGUGGCAACUCCAACUGUGAUAAUGAGUACUGUGCAUCUAGUGGAAAAGUAAAGAAUCUGACCCCAAACCAAGCUGCUGCACAAGCCAUCCAGCUUUUCUCCCAGGAAGCUAAGCUUUGUGAUGCACAGCCAACUAAAGUUGCCAGAACUCAGUCAGAUUUAAGAAGUAAGAAUAAUGAAAAUGGAAGAUCGAAUGAUGGUAAUUCAAGACUUGGUUCAUCAAAAAUUCCGUCGACAUGUAAUACACCAGAACCUGAGUCUGGCAUUCCAAAGAAUUCAAAGCUCGAUGGUCAGUCCACAACAAAUUCUUCACAAGGUAAAGAGGUCCCAUAUAUUACAGAAGAGAAACUUCUAAAAAUACUGGAGACAUGUAAGCAAGAGAGCUCGUAUUCGUUAUUGAUACGGACAUUGGGCGAAGUGUAUUCGAGUGCGGAUUCACUGAGUCAGAGUUUCCUAAUACAUGCAGGCUCAUCAAUUGAUGCCAUGUUAGACAAAGCUCCCAAAGACUUGAAGAAUUUGAAGAAAGAAGAUGUAAGAACAAUGGAAGGAGAUCUGGAUAAAGAUGAAGAUAGUCAGGAAGUGAAUCAGGAGGAAGGUGAAUGCUCAGAAAGAUGUCAAAGUCGGAAGAGUACGAGUCCCUCUGAUGACCUAAGGGUAGAUAUUCCGUCACUCCGACGUGCAUAUAAAGCACUUUUUGAGGUGCCUGGGAGUGUUUUUGAGAGUGCUUUGGUGCAUGCACUCAGAACACUAUCUGGGAACUUGGAGCUGGACCUUCGAUUGUUUGGACGUGGUGCGAAGAAUGAUAAUGCUGAAGAUGUAUUGAAUGUGUUUGUGAUUGUGUUGGAGAUCCCUGCUCUAGGUUCAUCGGAGUACCUGGAGAUGGCAUUGCCACUGGUAUGCAAGGCUGCAUCACAUCUCCCAUUGAGAUUGCAGGCUCGUCUUGCUCAGAUAUGGGCUCGUCAUUGUCGCACACGUCUUAAAGGGAUGCUUGAAGCCUUGCAGCAGCUCAUCACGCUGAAAGUCAUCUCUGGGCAGUUCUCACGAGACUAUUGUGUGCAGGAUGAAGAAACAAUCACGGCACCUACAAAACUAAUGAAGGUAGUAUAUUAUGCCAAUAUUUUGGCGGGGGAAUUGGAUCCACCAGAACUACGACAGGAAGACAAUAGUGUUCCUACAGAUGACUCUCUGCUAAGUAAUAUCUCUGGCAACAAGAAUCCUCCGCCACCACAGCAUGGAGAUCCAUUGGGAGAAUUACUACAAGUUAAUGUUCUCGACUCACGGUGUCCGUACCUCCCAUUCACUGAAUUCUACAAUGAGCCCCUUAGUGAUGCGAUCGAGAUGGACAAGGACUUUGCAUACUAUAGGAGCGAAUCUCCAACAUCAUCUUCACCAGAAACAAGAAAGUUCAGCUUCAUGAACUACGCAUUCAUUUUAACACCCGCAACGAAGACAUUGGGGCUGUAUUAUGACAAUAGAAUACGAAUGUACAGCGAGAGGAGGAUGAGUUUCUUCCAUUCUGUAGUUGGACAGCCGACAAAUCCAUACCUCCGGCUAAAAGUUAGAAGAGAUCACAUCAUAGAUGAUGCUCUGGUAGAGCUGGAGAUGGUAGCAAUGGAAAAUCCGAAAGAUUUAAAAAAACAGUUGGUCGUUGAAUUUGAAGGCGAGCAAGGAAUUGAUGAGGGUGGUGUGUCAAAGGAAUUUUUUCAGUUAAUUGUUGAAGAAAUCUUCAACCCUGAUUAUGGAAUGUUCACAUUUCAAAAUGAAACACAGACUGUAUGGUUUAAUCCAACUUCCUUUGAAAGUGAUGCUCAGUUUACACUAAUUGGAAUUGUACUAGGUCUAGCAAUUUAUAACAAUAUUAUCUUGGAUGUCCAUUUUCCGAUGGUGGUUUAUCGGAAACUCAUGGGAAAGAAGGGCACUUUCUAUGAUCUUGAAGACUGGAAUCAAACCCUGUUCACUGGACUGAAAGGCAUGCUAGAAUAUGAGGCAGAUGACAUGGAAGAAACCUUUGUGCAGACAUUCCGUAUCUGCUACCAAGAUGUUUUUGGUACAACGUUCUUUCAUGAGUUGAAGGAAGGAGGUGACCAAAUUUAUGUGUGCCAGGACAACAAGAAGGAAUUUAUAGACUUAUAUGCAGAUUUCCUUUUGAACAAGUCAGUAGAAAAGCAGUUUAGAGCUUUCAGACGUGGCUUCCAGAUGGUAACAGAUGAAUCCCCACUCCAUCUUCUCUUCAGGCCUGAGGAAGUAGAACAGUUGGUUUGUGGGAGUAAGAACUUUGACUUCAACGAACUGGAAGAGGCAACAGAGUAUGACGGUGGCUACACAUUAGACAGUCCCACCAUCCGAAACUUCUGGGAGAUUGUUCAUAAGAUGUCUCUUGAAUCAAAGAGGAAAUUGCUGCAAUUUGCUACUGGUAGCGAUCGUGUUCCUGUGGGUGGUCUGAGUAAGCUCAAGUUGAUCAUAGCAAGAAAUGGUCCAGAUUCUGACAGAUUACCAACUGCUCACACCUGUUUCAAUGUUCUUCUGCUGCCAGAAUAUGAAAGUAAAGAAAAGCUGAAUGACAGGCUCAUGAAAGCAAUUAACUAUUCAAAGGGCUUUGGAAUGUUGUAGAAGAUGUCAAACUCUCAUCUUGCAAUAGGUUUUAUUAUAUAUAGCCUCCUUGGAACCCACAACUGCUCUCCUUGCCGGAUGAAACUGCUUUGUGUAUUUUUCUAAGUUCUUUAGUUUUGAUACGAGAUGUGCAGUGAAGAUUCAUGCCAGAAUAGUUAAUAAUGAGGUAACUUACGGAAUCCAAAGUUGAGGGAUAAAUGUUUCAUAUGUUUAUAAAAACCUUUAUCUCAAGUUUUAUGAAACUUAAAACUUCGGAAGUGUACAGUUCUGUCUGCCCUUAGAUAAUUGUAUUAGGCGAUAUUACCCCUCUUCUUUGGUGUCCUACAGUUCAACAGGCUGAACUGUCACUAUCAGCUUGUAUGUUUUACAGGUCAUAGCAGAAUAAUCAAGCUGUGCUCAGUUGUAACAUAUAGAUAUGUGGUUUGGUUCUCAAAUUCACUGGGUCCCUCCUGAAUUAUGUGACAGACGUCAAUGUUUAUUUUUUGUUUAUGUUGGCGAAUAGAACAGGAAUGUUCUGUAUGAAGACUGGAGCAUAACGUUGAGACAUAACUGCAGGAUAUCAUGGUUACAACAUUGGAGUUGAAUUUGAUGUAUAAAAUAAUCAAGGUAAUUAAAAAGAAAUUGACGUGUUGUGCAAUGCAACUGUAUGUAGGUAAGCAAAGUGUAUUGUAUAGUUCAUUUUUCUGUGAGUGUGACAACUUGUUAAUAAAUUAUAAAAACUAAAA